AUGGAUAUCCAUGGAGAUUCUUCUGCUCAUCUUGAACAGCAAGGUGCAGGAAGCAAGCGCGAUUGUGUAUUUCAUCAUGAAGAAGUUCAGGACGAGGUCAUACUUAAAUACCCGGCCAAACUUGGUCCAUAUGCCUCAGUACAAUGGAAGGUCCUAAGAGACAUAAUCAGCACAUGGGACGAACAUAAGGAGUGCAUGGAAGCCGUGCUAGGACAUGCAGCAGAUUUCAUACCACCAUGGGUGUCGGUGGAUUUUGUGUAUGGACUGCUUCACAUCAGAAAUCACUGGGUAUUGGUUGCGAUCAACAUGAAUGAAUCUGAGAUCCUGGUGUAUGACUCCUUACCUUCGCACACUCCCAUCUCGCGUUGCAUAGAGGAUCUGAAACCGUUGAGUCAUAUCAUCCCAUCAUUAUUGUAUGCAUGGGGAUUGUUCGAAGCACCUAACAACAAACUUAGGAGGACACCGUGGCCUAUAUUCCGUCCAUCGACUGACAACAGGCAGUCCGAUGGUAUAGACUGUGUUGCUUUGUGUGAUUGUCUAAGCACAUUGACAAAGGAGGAGCACAUAGAUGGGAUAUACGAUAAGGAAUGCAGCUUUAACGUAAAAACAUGCGUGCAUCAUGACAACAACAAACCAGAAUAA